AUGCAAGGAAAAUCAGUCAGAGCAUCACAUAUCCUAUUAAAAUCUACACAAUCAAGAAACCCAUAUGAUAGAGUUAGAGAUAAAUAGGUUACUAGGUACUUAAAUCUUAUAUUUAAAUUAGAUCAGAUGCUGAUGCAGAGAAGGGAAUUAGAGAAAUAAGAGCAUAGGUUGAAAACAAUUUAAAUUUAUUUGCUAAAAUAGCUUAAGAGAGAAGUGAAGUAUAUAAAUAAAUUAAAGAAAUAAUAGUGUUCUUCUUGUUAAAAGGGUGGAGAUUUAGGUGAAUUUACUAGGGGAUAAAUGUAAAAGUAGUUUGAAGAUGUGGCAUUUGCAUUAAAGGUUGGUGAGUUGAGCCAACCAGUGAAAAGUGAUUCUGGAUGGCACAUCAUUCUUAGAACAGGUUGAU